GAGGUUAAAUUCAAUAUUAACAACUUUGUCUUUCAAUACUUGAAAUUGAUCUGAAUUUAUUUAAAAGACAUUUAAAAUUGUGAAUCGAUAAACCUUAGGAAUAUUUAAAUUGAAAAUAGACUAAUUGUGAAAAAUGGAUCAGGAAGCUGAUUUUCGAACUCUUGAACGACUUAAAUCAUUGGUUAACAGAUGUGAUGGAACCCAUUCCAGUGUAUUAUCCAUUUUGAGUGAACUUCGAAGCCAUGUUAAAUCAUCUGAUAUGUUGGAAGCUCUUAAAACAGAGCGAAUCGAAAUGUUGGAGAAGGUCGUCAAUUGGGCUGAAAAUUCGGUAACAAUUGAAACAGGAUCAAAUUUAAGUUUGAUAGAGCACAUUUGCCUGAUGAAAGCUCGUGAAGGUAAAUUGAAAGCUGUGAUUAAAGUGUGUGAUCCACUAUUCAAAGAUAUAACCAGUUAUCAUGAAGCAAGGCGUAAUAUGGAGCAAAUUGUCCGAGAAUUGACUUCCCAGGUUAACUCAUUGUACCGUAAAUGGUGUUCAAGUUGGCUUACAGUUGACUUGGACUCACAUAAACCUUGUAUAACAAUUGAUCCACAAUCCCAAGUACCUUUGGUAACAUUUCAACCUCGCCUGGUAACACUUUCCCGUGAAUGUCGAACCCUUAGAUGUCUUGGAUUUAAACUUCCAGACGAUGUUGUUGAAAAGGAGCGCGAUUUGGUUAAAUAUGGAUCUUUGGCAAGACAAUUGGAGGAAAUAGUCAACUUUUAUUGUACCAUUGGUGACUCCAUUUUACUCUGUCAACAGCCAAUUUUGAUUGACGCUGCUCGAUCAUUUACAGCUCUCCUUGAAUCUCGAAACAACACAAUGACCUGGGAUUGUGACAUCAACCAACUGGAAGCUUGGUUAAGUGAAUUAAGAGAUUUUGCUCGUAAAUUUGCCGAUGAAAAUAGACGUUUACAUCGAUAUCAUGGAUCUUUGCUCAAGUCAAUCAUUAAACUGUUUGAUCUUCCACUCAACAAAUGGCGUCCAUUGAUGAAUGAAAUGAUCUCGGUUAUGGUUACAGUCGACAAUUUGUAUUCAAAUACAAACACUUGGAAGAAACAUUGGGACUAUCAAUUGUACAAAAUAUUGGAUUACCAUUUCAACAAAGCGCUAAUUUCCUCUGCAAAUUGGCUUGGAUUCAAUGCGAAUCCCUACUGUGGUCAUCAUUCAACUGAAGUGUCUUCACUAAGAAUUGAUUUAACCUUUAAAAAUGGUCAAAUUAUAUUUCGUCCAUCACUUGAAGAGAUACAGUUUAAGUUGUAUCAUCGGAUCAAUAUGUUUUUAACCACAUUUACACAGUUUAAAGGUUUUCUUGAGUCAAUCAAUCCAGAUAUGUUUCAAUCUAAGGGAGGGAAAGCGAUGAAAAAUAUUUUCUCAACAAUCUAUUUACGAAACAUUGACAAUUUGUCUUGCCUUUAUCAACAUGUUGACCGUAUUUUAUCUGAAUUGAUUAUGAUCCGUCAACAAUUCAAUGAAUGGACAUGUUUAUUCAAUGUAAUCCAAGAAUCGCAUUCAGAUGACUUUUCGCUGUCGACCGUUUUAUCAUUGGUAACAUUGGAAGAUUACCAGAAUAAUUUAACGCUGGUUAAACAGAAAGGAAAAGAUUUUAACAAGAAAUUUAUCGACAACGAUUUAACCUGCUCUACAAGUAAUAUCACUGUUAACUUGAUUCCAAUCAAAGUCUCUGUCGAUUGGAUUUACAGUGAAAUUGACCGGCUUUUAAUCAACUCAUUGCGACGUGAAACAGAGUCCAUGUCUACCGAGCUCAACAAUAAACUGAGUCAAUUAUUAACCCAAUUAACAUCUCCGCCAGAUAAGGUUAAAGCUGUUAUUGAGUUGGAAUCAUUCUGGUUAGAUUCAUCAUCCUCUACAAUCAUUUCAAUUACUUCAACCUACAAUGAAUUGUCUGAAAGAUGCCAAUUCUUAAGCAAAUGGUCUGCUAAAUCAAUCCCAAACUUGGCUGAUUUAAACGAGAAAUAUGGUCGAUUUCAAAGUCUUGUUGACAACAGAGAGUCGCUUAUUGCUUCGUUUAAACAGUUACUUCGAUCACGGCUUGAAACUAGAUCAGGUGAAACGGUUAAAAGUCUUGAGAGUUUAACCCAAAACUGGAAAAUAAUUAAGUCUCGAGGUUAUCCAAAUCCUUCACAACUUGAAGAGUUGAAGCAACAAUUUGAAUCGGUUGGCAGUGAUGUUGAUAAUUAUCUUGAAGGCUGCAAGUACUUUAAUCUUCCAGUUCCAGAGGCUAUUGAAAUGUUCAACUCUUUCCGUGUUGAGAUCAUUGAUUCCCAUAGAAGACUAUUGAAAGCUAAACAAUUUGAUGAUGGAUUGGAGCCUUACUUGGAUACCGAAUGGAUAAUUGUUCGUAAUAAAGUGCCACUUCUUGAAGAUUACAUUGAAUCUUGGGAUAAAUCACAGGCCAACAAUAAUGACGAAGAAGCUGAUGAAGUGAUUAAAAUGCGAGUUAAAGAAUGGAAAAGCUUUAUUGCAAUUUUAAAGCUAAUUAAAGGUGAAGUGUUUGCUAAAUCACACUGGGAUGAGCUUUUAACUUUAAUAGAUUACGAUUCAAGAGCAAUUGAGACUCUAAAGCUGAAAAAUUUGUUUGAUAAACGAGAAACUCUUGUAACAAUUAAGAAUGAAUUGAGAGCGUUAAAUGAUCGAGCACUUGGUGAACAAUCUGUCAGGCAAACAUUUGCCGAACUGGAGUCUUUAGCUGCUUCAGCCAAAUUUGAUUUAACCCGUUACACAAUGGAUUCUGGUCAACAGGUUAGCUUGAUUAAAAAUUGGAGAUCAAUUUUAAACUCCAUUUCGGAAUCAAUUGUAACCUUAAACUCACUCAAAGGAUCAGACUUUUUUGAUCAUUCAUUUACCGAAUCUGGUUCUCAGUGGGAAACACGGUUAACUGGUCUUAAUUCAUUGAUUAACUCUCUGAAUACGGUUCAACGUAAAUGGACUUAUCUUGAACCAAUCUAUAGUCGAAACCAAGGGCCAGAAAUUUUCAACGAUUCAUCUUUUACUUUGGCUUCAAGAGACUUCAUCAAUAUAAUGAAAACAAUUGAAACUGAUUGUCAUGUUGUUAGACUUUUGAGGAUUUCUGGUUUGUCUGAACGGUUAUCAUCCAUUGAUCAACAUUUGGCCUCUUGUCAGAAAAAGUUGAACCUUUUCAUGGAAGAGUCGAGAAAUCGUUUUCCUAGAUUCUAUUUUCUUGCCGAUGAUGAUUUACUUCUUGUCUUGGCUGGUAAAACAUCCAUAACUGAAUCUGGUUUGCUAAAGAAACUGUUUAAUAAUACAAUUACCAAGAUUUUGUUUGAUGGAAAUAAUUCUGUUGCUGUUGAGUCUCCUGAAGGUGAACAGAUUCGCCUUCGAUCUCCAAUUGCAGUCAAUUUCAAUGGUGGCUCAAUUGAAAUUGAAAAUUGGCUUCGAAAUGUGGAGAGUGAAGUAUCUAAAUCACUGAAAACUGAUUUAUUUGACUGUCUUGGUAAAGAGGAUAAUAGCGAUGAGCUUAUUUGGUCAGCUCCAUCUCAAAUAGUCUCUUUAUUUCAAUGGAUUCGGUGGACAGCGUCAACAGAAGAUUGCAUUAGACGAAGUCGUUUAAAGAUACUUCAUAAUGAUUUAGCUCGACAGUUGACUGAUUUAAUUACUGAAGGUUUUAAAGUCACUGAUUUGGUUAUUAAAAUUAAAAUUCGAUCAAUGGUUCUCGAUAUAAUUCACUUUAUUGAUGUAGUUGAACAACUGCUAGCAGCCAAUGUUUCCGAUGUUGAAGAUUGGAGGUGGAAGAAACAACUUCGCUAUUAUGCUGAUGUUGACCGACAACUUGUUUCAGUAUCAAUGGGACUUUCAACAGUUAAUUAUUCCUUUGAUUACAUCGGUUGUUAUGGUUCGGCUAAAUUGGUUCACACUCCGUUAACGGACAAAUGUUUUCUCGUUUUAAUGCAAGCUUUAUCGAUGGGACUUGGCGGCAAUCCUUAUGGUCCAGCUGGGACUGGAAAGACUGAAACUGUAAAAGCUUUAGGACAUCAGCUUGGAAGACAAGUAUUAGUGUUUAAUUGUGAUGAAGCAAUUGAUGUUAAAGCUAUGACUCGCAUUUUGAUUGGUUUAAUCAAGUGUGGUUCUUGGGGUUGUUUUGACGAGUUUAACCGUUUACAAAUCGAAGUAUUGUCAUCUUUAUCAACUCUUAUCCAUUCAAUUCAAGUUGGAUUCAAAAGUACAUCAGAUUUGAUUCACUUGAAUGGACCAAACCAAUGUGAAGUUAAAUUCAAUCGAAACUCAGGAAUAUUUGUCACUCUUAAUCCAGCUGGUAAACAAUACAAAGGACGGAAUGAGCUACCAGAUAAUCUUAAGGCGUUGUUUCUUCCAGUUGCUAUGACAGUUCCUGAUUCUGCUUUAAUUGCCAGAGUUUUAUUGCUUUCUGAAGGAUUUAGUUUAUCCGAAUCUGAACCAUUGGGCCAAAAGGUGACUGCUUGGUUCAAUUUAGCAAAAGAUUCGAUGUCUUACCAAAAACAUUACGAUUGGGGGUUGAGAGCUAUUAAAUCAUGUCUAUCCUCCUGUGGCCGUUUAUUGAGAUCGUCACAAUCAAGUGAUUAUAACAAGAAAGAACUCUCAACAGUGAUUCAAUCUUUAGGAAGGCAAGUUAGAUCAAAAUUAGUAGAUGAAGAUCAACACCGUUUUACCGAUUUAGUAUCCGAUGUUUUUGGUUUGAAAGAUGCUGAGCUGAAUAACUUGAAAUUAACCUCGAAUCUAGAUGUUGAUGUAUUGAAACAAAUUUAUAAUGAAUUGGGGUUGACAUUUGAUGAGAAACAAAUUGAAGGAAUCAAUGUGCUUGAUGAGCAGUUGAACUCGCGUUUAGGUGUUGUCAUUCUUGGUCCAUCUGGCGUUGGUAAAUCAGCAAUUUGGAGAGUUUUAAUGAUCUACAAACGAAAAGCAGAAUCAAUUAAUGUAGUCCCAGUUGUAAUUAAUCCUAAAUCAAUGACUAGAGUACAAUUGUUGGGGUAUAUUGAUGAAGAAACUAGAGAAUGGCAAGAUGGAGUGUUGACCAAAUUAACUCGCACAAUUGCCCGCGAUGAAGGACCUUAUCGUUUCUGGUUAAUUUUUGAUGGUGAAAUUGAUCCUGAUUGGGUGGAAGCUUUGAAUUCGGUUCUUGACGAUAACCAUGUACUAACUUUGCCUUCAGGAGAACGUAUCGAUUUUGAUCCGAAUAAGGUUUCAUUAAUAUUUGAAACGACUUCUCUUCAAUACGCGUCUCCAGCAACAAUUUCUCGUGUUGGAAUUAUUUCCCUUAAUUUUAGUGUUUCCAGCUUGUUUAUACAAUCAACAAUUAUGUCAUUGGGAUUGUCAAUUACAGUGGAUGAGGUUAUCAGUAUUUUGGAUGAAUCGAGUGAUCAAGCGUUUUCUCAAGUCCUUACAGCAUGUCAAUUGUUGAAGCAUUCGGCUAACAGAUCACUUUCUCCAUACGAGGCUCUUAAUUUUCUCAAAAGCGAAACAGUGGCAAUUGUUAAACCUGAUUACACUUCGGGUAGCUUGAUUGUUACCUCUUCAUUGAUUUCAACAAUUGAUUUGAUCAAGAUCUUAAAUGAGACUCGACAACACAUGUUAUUGAUUGGAUCAAAAGGGAUGGGCAAGAAUUUGAUUGUCCAUGAAAUUGUUUUAAAAUCAACAACAUCUUGGAUCAAUAUCAAUUGUGUACCAACAAGUUCACCGAUAAGAUUGAUAGAAUUGAUAAAAGAGAUUUGCCAUGAGACUCAAUCACCAGGCACUGGAAACAGAAAGCUUCUCAAACCAAAAGAUGGCGGGCUAAUUGUCAUUUAUAUGCGAAAUCUUGAACUGAUUCAAGCUGAUUCCUGGAAUUGUGUGACUUUGGUUACAUUUUUAAUUACUCUUAUAACUUAUAAAGGUUUUCACGAUCCCGACACAAAAGAUUGGAUGGUGUUGGAAGAUUUUCAACUUAUAGCAACCAUUAAUGACACAAAAUAUGUAGAUAAUAGAUUUUUGUCCGUAGUUAAUUGUGUCCAUUUAUCUCAAUUGUCUUCCCAUGAAAUUGAAUCAGUCAUCCAGUCCAAGAUUGGUUCACAGAUAACUUGGGCUUCAUCAUUCUCUUCGGGCUUUAAUCAACUUUGUUCCAAGGCAGCAAAUUUGAUUGAUUCCAAAACAAUCCCAAUUCUUUCAGCGGCAACAAGAGCAAUCAAUUCAAUCAAUUCAUAUGAAACGAUAACGAAUGAUGUUUUGAAAAAAGAGUCUCUUAGGUCUUUGGUUAACUAUGUUCCGGUCAACUUUUUAAAUGCUUUAGAAUCCAAUUGUGAUUCCAUCUUUGGUACAAAUAAUUCAUCAAUAAUCAAGUAUCCGUUUUGUUCAUAUUUUGGUGCCAAUACAUCAUUAGUUGAAUCACAAUCAUUUGCAGAUUUGAUUGAUAAAUCAUUCAAUUCAUAUGUUUCAAUAAGUGAGGCUAAAUUACCCCGAUUAGCUCUGAUUCCUGAAGUUCUUGAUCUUUUUUCUCAAGUAUCAGUGUUCUUGGGUGAUUCAACUGUUGGAAUUAAGGGGCUGGUUUUAUUAGGACCAUCUGGCUCAUGUCGUAAAUUAUCUUGUAAAAUAAUGGCCAAUUUGUAUGGUUAUGAAACAGUGUGGAGUCCGAAAUUUUCAUCUGAGAAGCAACUGAUGGCUGACUUUAAAUCGACUUUAGAUUCUGAGGUAGAAAGUGGUAAAGGCGAACGAAUCGUUAUCUUGGUUGAUCAAAUGCAUUUCUCUUUAUUUUCAUUGUUAUGCGAGAAACUUUCAGAUACUUUAUUAACCUAUUCAGGAUCGUUGAUUGUGCGAGUUAUCUUGACGAUGAACAAUUUAGCAUCACCAAUUGAUCGUAUCUGGUCACGAGCUUGCUACUCUAUAUAUCCAGUGCGUCCCUGGUCUGAAUCAAGUUUAUUUGAUUUACCAAAAUACAUUUUGUCUGAUUUAGGUAACACAGAGACAAUUUGUAACCAAUUUGUUCAACUUUGGAACCUUUCUCCAGAAGUUAAAGGUGAUUGUCGACGUUAUAUUUCAUUUAUAUUAACCUUUGAGGUUAUACGAGAUCACAAAGUUUCCCAGUUAAAUAAUCAAAAAGAAAGGCUUGAGAAAGGUUUAGGGAAGUUGGAAGAAGCGUCUACAGAAGUGGCCAAACUUCAAGAAGAAGCAGCAAACCAACAAGCAAUUUUAGCAUCCAAAAGGUCUGAAGCUGAUGCAGCACUGAACAUGAUUACCGAAUCUAUGCAUGAUUCUGAAGGACAAAAGGUUGAACUGGAACAAAUAAAACAGCAAACUGAGCGUGAAUCUAUGACAUUAACCAAGAGAAAGGGAGAAAUUGAAAUUGAAUUGAAAGAAAUCGAGCCUAUUCUUCAAUCGGCGAAAGCUGCUGUUGGUGGAAUAAAAUCUGAGUCGUUGUCGGAAAUCAGAUCUCUUAGAGCUCCUCCUGAAGUGAUUCGUGAUAUAUUAGAAGGUGUCCUUCGAUUAAUGGGAGUUUCAGAUACUUCAUGGGUUUCAAUGAAAUCGUUUCUUUCUCGUCGCGGUGUUAAAGAUGAAAUAAUUAACUUCGAUGCAAGAAAAAUAACACCAGAAAUACGAGCUCGGGUUGAAAGUUCAUUGGCAAAUAAACCAGACAGCUUUGAUGAGAGACAAGCAAAGCGAGCUUCAAUAGCUGCUGCUCCUUUAGCGAAUUGGGUUAAAGCUAACCUAGCUUAUUCAAAGGUACUCCAUAAAAUAAAACCAUUGGAAGAUGAACAAGCUCGACUUCAAUCGAAUCUAAGGUCAGCUCAAAACCGUAUGAAAGCCUUGGCAUCAGAGUUGAAUGGAGUUGAACGCGAAGUUGGAUCUCUGAGAGAUAAAUUGAACCAGGUAACUAUUGAAGCAGCUCAAAUUGAAGUUGGGUUGAACAAAACCAACGCCAUUCUAUCUGCAAGCAAAGAACUUAUUGGAGAAUUGAGUUCAGAAUAUGAAAGAUGGAAGAAACAACUGAGUGACAUCAAUGUAUCAUUUGAAACGUUGCCAUUGAAAUGUUUGAUAGUUUCAGCUUAUAUUCAUUUCACUGGACGUCAAGAAUCAACAAGUGUCAAAAAAUCGAUUCUAAAAACUCUUUGCUCGAGUCUUGGUAUUGAAACCUUUUCCAUUUGUGAUUUUGCUGAUGUUAAACACGAUAAUGAAGUCUUUUACGCUUUCCAAACAUUCUUGUUAACUCCUGUUCUUAUUGACCCAUCUCGUAAAUGUUUAUCCGCAAUUGGCAAAGCAGUCGAAAUAAUUGACACAUCUAGAAGUGAUUGGCUUAGAUUGGUCGAGUUAGCACUUCGAUUUGGCAAAACAAUUGUUCUUGAAUCCAUCUCUGGUCCAUCAGUUGGUUUAAUAUCCUUAUUAAGAUUUGAUAUUUAUGGGGUUGAAGGUUCUCGUUGUUACACAUAUCUGGGUGACAAAAGGGUUGAUUACAAUGGUAAUUUUCGAUGUUACCUUCUGACCAACUCAAUUGAUCACAACAAUCCAAAUGAUUUCACUUCUUGGUCCCUGGUUAAUCUAAUCAACAUGUCUCCUAGUAGUGAUACCACAGAGGCCAAUUUACUGCGAUUAACAAUAACCAUCCGAAGACCUGAAUUGGAGGAAAAAAAGCUGGCAGCUGAUCAUACUUCACGUGAACUGUUAGGUAAAUUGAAAGGUUUAGAAGAUCAAUUGCUGAUUACUCUUAACUCAUCAACUGGUAACAUUUUGGAUGACCGUGAAUUAGUGGCAAGCUUGAAGGCAAUAAAAGCAUCUGCCAAAGACAUUGAAGCAUCGUUGGUUGAAUCAAAUAAUUUAACCAUAGACAUAGACAAAGAGCGCCAACAAUAUCAACCAUUGGCAUCGAUGGGAUCACUGUUGUUCCACUCAAUCAGAGAUUUAUCCAAUUUACACCCAAUUUAUUCAUUUGGAAUUAAUGAAUAUGAAUCACUUUACUCUAGAACAUUAAUUUCAACUAAAAACAUUACAGACGAAAAAUUAUUAUCAUCUGUUUACAGUUACAUUGGUCAAGCUUUAUUUCCCCAAGACAAGGCCAUCUUUCGUCGAUAUCUUGAAUCAACAAUACCAAUUUCUCGUCAUCUUGAUGAAAAUGUUAAUCCUAAUUUACGUAAUUUUUUAAAACAAUGUUUAUCUACAACUGAUUGCCGAAUAGUAUUGAUAAUUACCUCAAAAGGGACUGACCCAAGCGGAGAGAUUCGUGAAUCCUUAAUAAAUGAACAAUCAGCUGGUAAACAAAGUUUCUACUCAAUGGGGCCUGAUGUUAUUCCAACAGUUGAAAAACUCUUAAUUAGUGACAAUCGUCAGGUUCAAUCUUCCUCAUCUUCAUCAAGUUCUUUGACAUCAUUCAUCUGUUUGUCAAAUCUUCAUGUUGUUCUGGAUUGGUUACCCACAUUAUCUCGCCUUUUGUCAUCUCGUAAAGCUAAUGAUGAUCAACCUGGAUCAUUUAUCGUUCUUGUUACCCAAAUUCACGACCGAAUUCCCGUUUCUCUUCUUGAGCUGUGUAUCAAAUUUGUUUACCUGUCAUCUCCUGGCCUAAGAGACUCGAUCGAUAAUUUAGAGUCAGAAAUUGGAUCCAAUACAAUGAAUGGCCGCCUGCAACAAGUUUCCCGCUUAACCUAUUUCCAUAGCAUUGUUUGUGAAAGAUGCAAUUAUGUUCCUAUUGGUUGGACUAAAUUUUACGAUUUCGGGUUUAAUGAUUAUCGAACAGCAACUAAUAUCAUAGAUACAGUAAAAACACGGAAAGAUAGAAGUCUGCAAUUACAAUAUAUACGGGGAAUAAUGUCAAGUGUACUUUAUGGCGCUCGUUUGGAUACUCAAAUGGAUUUUGAAAUACUGUCAGCUUUGUUACGUAAAUGGUUCAACUCAUCAGAUAAAAUUAACCGUUCAUCUCUUGACGAAAAGAGUGACUUUAAUCUUCUUGGAUUAGCACCAAAUGUUAACCGUUGGAAAGUCUCAAUGUUUGAAGAAACCGUGGAAAAGGGUUUGAAAAUUUUGGAAUCAACCAGUAAAGUAAAGUCUGACAAAGCCUUUUCAACAGCUGAAUCAAUUAACAAGUUGCUAGAUAUGGCUCAAAAUUUAGCAGACAUUAUUGACAAUCAAUUCAAUAAUCGGAAUCGCCGUCGUUCAUCAAUCAAAGAAGAUUCAUUAAUUCGCUUUUUUGAAUCUGAAAAAUUACACCUUAAACAGCUGAUACAAACAAUUUUGGUUAACCUAAGUGAAGUUGAUUCUGAAGCUUAUCUCUCAACAAUUCGUGGGGAAACUCCUGACAAUUGGUUGAUCCAAUGGCCAACUGGUUCAAAUGAAGUCGAUAAAUUUAUUCAAGGAUUGAAUUACAUAACUAAUUCAUUGAUAAACUAUUCUCAUGGUCAUAAUGAUUCGCCAAGCUUUAAUCUCGGCUCAUUUUUGCAUCCAAUGGCUUUUAUCAACGCCAUUCAUCAAAAAGCCUCCCGAUUAAUGGAUACAACAAUAGAUAACAUUAAAACAUUUUGCUCUUGGCCUGGAGUCACAAAUAAUCGGUUAAACCCGAAAGAAUCAUUUACUAUAACAAUUGAAGGUUUACUCUUGGAAGGAGCUUUGUUUGAAAAUGGUUAUUUAAGAGACUGCAAUAUUAAUUCUGAUCUUCAAUCAGAGUUGCCUCCAAUGCAACUUCAUCUUACUCCAAAGGCCUUAACGUUUGAAUAUGAAACUGAAUAUGUAGUUUUACCUGUUUAUGGAUCAAAAUCGAGAGAGAUUUUGAUUACUUGGUUUGAUGUUCCUUGUAAAGCAAAUACUCAGGAUGAUUGGAUAACUCGUGGAACUGCCAUCUUGAUUAAUAGUCAUUGUUUAUAAUGUUGAUAAGUUUAUCGAGUAAAUCGUUGGAAACUAAUGAAAUGCUUGAUUCAUAAGAAUUCCAAUUAUUGAGCCUGUUUUCAAGGACCGUGUCUGGUGGUUGCUCAACGAUCAAAUUAAUUCGCAUAAACCUGAUCAACCCUCAACAAGCUCCUGAUUAUCGCGACUCGCUGGAAUCAAGAUUAUCUAUCCAAUUGUAACCAUUGAGAUGAAUGACUGGAAUCAAAUUUACACUUAAACCUUUAAUGUUGGAUAGUUACACUUUAUGGUCAAAUCCUUCCAGAUCUUAUCCUAGGUUUACAGUGUUGUUAAAGCUAAUUGUUAUACAAAUGAUUGUUACAAGAUCUGGCCUGACGCCAAUUGAGAUCACUAACGAUUGUAACAUUAAAAUGUUAUUUCACAGGAAUUAGCUUAAGCCUGAAAUGAUACACAAUCUAAAAGUGAAUUCAAUAAUAUCGUGAAAUUGUGAUAAGAUGCUUCAGAUCAACUUUAAUUGCUUGCAAAUAAUUGAAACAUUACAUUGGUAUGUGGGUGGGAAUACAAAAAUGAUUCAGAUUGCGACUGAAAAACUCAUCUUCAUCGUCUUUAUCUUCAUCUUAGCCACAAAGAUUUCCCUUUCUUUACAUUUUCCUCCUCCUUUUCAAAGAGAAGAUGAAAAUGAUUGGGAAAAAAAUACAAACUUGACAAACCCAUUCGCAGCUUAGCUUCAUCUUACCAUCUUCAUCAUCAUCCUCUUCCUUCCCAGACUCUCUUUCAUUUCAUCUUCUCUGUCUAUUCAACUCUGUCUUCUUGGACCAAAAAAAGUUCACAGAUAUUGUUAAUUCCUUAGGAUUAUUUGAUUAUUUUGGUGCUUGUUGCACGAUUAACUAGUUACAUUCAUUUUGCGUUUUACCUUUUUUUUUUAAUCUUCCUUAUGUCAAACAUUUGGAUAAAUCACGUAAAAUUGAUUGAGAAUGAUCAUCACUCGAUUGUUAUGUAAUUGUCUUGCAAUGAAAUUAAUAUCAACAAUUUAACAUUCAUCUAGUUAAUCAAUUGUUCUAGUUUUUGUGGGCAACAAUUUUACUCGUUGUUGUCCAUUAGUCAACCUUUUUACAACUUUUAUUAUUAAUAUUAUUAUAAAAUUAUAUUCACAAUUA